AGGAAAACGCUGGGAGCCGCGGUGCGGGCGGCGCGACCUGCGUGCGGCGUGACGCCAUCACGCUCCGACCGGCUGCGAGAGAGAAGGGGCGCUGGAGAUUUUCAAAGCCACAUUAUGUCAAUAGCGCGUUCAUCUGUCCAUGCCAAAUGGAUAGUAGGGAAGGUGAUUGGGACAGCAAUGCAAAGAACGGCGAAAGUGAGAGUGACCAGGCUUGUUCUGGAUCCCUAUUUAUUAAAGUAUUUUAAUAAACGAAAAACCUACUUUGCCCAUGAUGCUCUUCAGCAGUGCACCGUUGGAGAUAUUGUGCUACUCAAAGCUUUACCUGUUCCUCGCACAAAGCAUGUGAAACAUGAACUAGCUGAGAUUAUUUUCAAAGUCGGACAAGUCAUAGAUCCAGUGACUGGAAAACCCUGUGCAGGCACUACCUACUUGGAAAAUCCAGUCAGCUUGGAAACCACCCCAACCAAAGAUGUGAAAGAACGUUCCAUCUCUUCACAAUAAAGGAGUAGAAGGAGACAGGUGUUUUUGUUUUUUAAGAGAAAAAGUUUCAUUACCAGCUAUUUCUUCUGUUAUUUAUGAGAGAGAUAAAAGGAUAUGAUUAAAUACUUGUUAUAAUUUUUCAUAAA